AAGAUAUUAAUUUCACUGUUUUUUUAUUAACCUUUUUCCUUUUUUUUAUAAAUGAGAGAUACUGCGCUUAAAUUUCAUAUAGCAUUUCCAUUUUGUACGAUGAAAUACGAGUGAUUCCACAGUAGUAGCUGUUUAGGAAGCUUGAGACUUUGGUUAUGGGCUCCUCGACAGACCCGAAGCUUCCAGUUAUAGACUUCUCCAAGCCAAGCCUGCAACCUCGUGCUGCAGAUUCAUGGUCUCUGACACGCGAUCAAGUGGUGAACGCGCUUGAAACUUACGGCUGUUUCCUAGCAACCUUCCACAAGGUCUCCUCGGAUCUUCACGAUGCCAUCUUCCUCGCCGCCAAACAGCUGCUGGAUCUCCCCUUUGAAGCCAAAAUGAAGAACACUUACAAGACGCCUUCUCAUGGCUUUGUAGGGCAAGAGCCAUUGGUUCCUCUCUACCAAGGGCUCGGGAUCGAAAACGCGACAUCUCUCGAAGGUGCUCAAGCUUUCACCAACUUGAUGUGGCCAUCGGGGAAUGAUUUUUUCUGUGAUACAACACUUUCAUUUGCGAGGCUCAUGGCAGAACUAGAUCAAAUGGUGAUGGAAAUGGUAUCGGAAAGCUAUGGUAUAAAGGAGUACUAUAAGGUUCUACUUGGAUCGACAUCUUACCUUCUUCGGCUAAUAAAAUAUACAGUACCUCGAAUGAAUGAGACCAAUCUGGGCAUUGUUCCUCACACGGACAAAAGUUUCAUGUCCAUUCUUCACCAGCACCAUGUCAAGGGAUUGGAGAUUAAAACGAAGGGAGGAGAGUGGAUUCCUAUCGAGCCAUCUCCUUUGUCUUUCAUAGUCAUGGCAGGCGAUGCGUUCACGGCAUGGACGAAUGGCAGAAUAGAAGCACCUUGUCAUCGGGUGAUUAUGAGUGGGAAUGAAGAAAGAUACUCCCUUGGGCUAUUUACCUUCAUAAGGGAUGUCAUGGUACAGAUACCAAACGAGCUAGCUGAUGACAAGCACCCAUUACAAUUCAGACCCUUUGAUCACUACAAAUACAUAGACUUUUACUACACAGAUGAAGGCAAGAGAUCAAAGUGUCCAAUUAGAGAUUACUGUGGCAUUUAGCCUGCAACCUCCAUGGACCAAUUUCAAAUAAAUUAAGUAACCUGCUCCACUACUUCCAUGUUAAUUUGCAUAUAUAUAUGGUUCAUGAAUGUCGAGGCUAUGUAGAGUUCAUGUUGGUGUGUAAUAUAUAAAAACUUUUUUACAAAAUUAUAUAACUGUUUAAUAAUAUUAUAUAAUAAAAAUUCACCAAACUGCGGGAAGAAGACAUCAUGGGGUCAUUGAAGCAUCCCUCAGAUAUCAAUUGGCUACUGUGUCUUCAGCUUGUGCCUUUGGUUGUUGGUGUUCUGUAAAAAUUUGUUUUGGCCGGUUAGGUGGUCAAGUUUGUCCCCUUGUACUCUCGUGAGUCCUACUGUCUGAGUUCUUCUAAAUUAAUACUCUCUCUAAAAAGAGACGAUUUGUGUU